AUGGCCAUUGCUCUUAUUCUUGACAUUCCUGCUCUCCAGCAGCUUCCUGUUUCCACAGAGCCCAGAGGACCAGCAGCAUCUGCCACAUUCACAAUUGCCAGGCCCUGUGCUCUGCUGACAUUCCUGGUGGUGAUGCACUCCUGGUCAAGCUGCUGUCUGGGAUGUGACCUGCCUCAGACUCAUCACCUCAGGAACAAGAGAGCCUCCACACUCCUGGCACAAAUGAGGAGACUCUCCCCUCUCUCCUGCCUGAAGGACAGAAUGGACUUUGCAUUCCCUCUGGAGAAGGUGGAUGCCCAGCAGAUCCAGAAGGCCCAGGCCAUCCCUGUCCUGCAGGAGCUGACCCAGCAGGUCCUGAUCCUCUUCAGCUCAAAGGACUCAUCUGCUGCUUGGGAGACAAGCCUCCUAGACACAUUCUGCACUGGCCUCCACCACCAGCUCAAAGACCUGCAAGCCUGUCUGAUGCAGCAGGUUGAGGAGCAGGAACCUUCUCUGAGCCAGGAAGACAACCUGGUGGCUGUGCGGAACUACUUCCACAGGAUCACUGUCUACCUGAAGGAGAAGAAACACAGUUCCUGUGCCUGGGAGGUGGUCAGAGCAGAAGUCAGGAAAGCCCUGUCUUCCUCAGCCAAGCUGUUGGCAGGACUGACUGAGGAGAAGGAGUAA